UUUGGUCCAGAAAAGGCUUUUAAGAAGCUGUUCAAGCAUGGCUUUGGCAGAUAAGAGACUUGAGAACUUGCAGAUCUACAAAGUUCUUCAGAGUGUUCGGAACAAAGACAAGAAGCAGAUAGAGUUGCUGACCAAGCUUGGAUACCCUCAACUAAUCAAUUUCACAGACCCCAUUGAUGGAAUCAGUGCUCUGCACUUGGCCUCGGUUUCCAAUGACAUCGAUAUGGUCAGCUUUCUCCUUGAGCUGGGUGCUCACCCUGAUGUGCAAGACCGGAUGGGCUGUACUCCCACAAUGAGGGCUGCAGAACUGGGCCAUGAACUGUCAAUGGAAAUAUUAGCCAAGGCAAAGGCGGAUAUGAGUAUAGUUGAUAAUGAAGGAAAAGGUGUUUUGUUUUACUGCAUUUUACCUACUAAGCGACAUUAUCGCUGUGCUCUGAUUGCCCUCAAAUAUGGUGCAGAUGUCAACAAUUCUUCCUAUGAAGGAAAACCAGUAUUCCUUAGAGCUUGUGAAGAAGCACAUGAUAUUAAGGACCUGUGCCUGACAUUAUUGGAAAAAGGAGCCAAUCCCAAUGCUAUCAACUCAGCCACAGGCCGCACGGCUUUAAUGGAAGCGUCGAGAGAAGGGGUGUUGGAACUCGUUCGAGGCAUCUUGGAAAGAGGAGGUGACGUGAAUACAUUUGACAAUGACAGACAUCAUGCUGCUCAUUUUGCUGCUAAAGGAGGCUUUUUUGAUAUAUUGAAGCUUCUUUUUGCCUACAAUGGAGACCUGGGUCUGAUUGCAAUGAACGGAAACACACCACUUCACUACGCUGCCAUGGGUGGUUUUACAGAUUGCUGUAAAUACAUAGCUCAGCGAGGAUGUGACCUGAAAUGGAAGAAUUUAGAGCAUAAAACGUCCAGGGCUGUGGCGAAGGAAGGCGGCUUCAAAGCAGCAAGCAAAGAAAUAUACCGAGCAGAGAAAAUCGCCGCUAAACUGGCCAAGCCAGGAGUUAAAAAUCCCAAUCCGCUCUGGGCCCUCAGACUACAUGACUGGUCUGUGGUACAUGAGACUUCCCUCCGCGAAACCUUUGCGCUUGUGGACAGGGGCGAUGGGACUCUCACCAAGGAGGACUUUGUGAUGGUGCUGGAGGAGAGGCAAGAUUUUGCAGGCCCGGAAAAGCUGAUGACCAUAGCUCAACUUCAUGAAAAAACCCGAGGAGCAGGGGUCAACGUGAAUGAAUUCUUUAAAGGAACCAAAUACUUAAGCAAAUCUUUUGUAUUGGGAUCUUAUGGGACUGAGAAAAAGAGAAAAGGGAUGGGCAAAAAGGGAAGGAAAGGCAAGUUUGUUUUACCACUCCCGAUCUGUGUCAUUCCUGAGCAGGCGUUUCCACGCCGGGAAGACGGUGGGCCACCCUAUUACAUGAUAGAGAUCUACCAGAAUGUCACUGACAGCAGUCGGUUUAAUCGAGAUCAUCCACCAGAACAUCCCAUUCAGGAUGACUCUGCCUGGUACACUGAUGAUCCGGAGAAGGUAUUUGGAAAUAUUAAUUUCAUCACCAAGGCAGGCGAUCUGGCUUCUCUGAAAAAGGCAUUUGAAUCAGGAAUACCUGUCGAUAUGAAGGAUAAUUACUACAAAACACCACUAAUGAUGGCGUGUGCAAGUGGAAACAUAGAUGUGGUCAAGUUUCUUCUUGAAAAAGGGGCUAACGUUAAUGCAACAGAUAAUUUUCUUUGGACUCCACUUCAUUAUGCAUGCCAUGCAGGCCAACAAGAUAUUGUGGAGCUUCUUGUUAAAUCUGGAGCUUCAAUUGAUGCAGUUUCAAUCAACAACUCAACUCCUUUAAGUAGAGCCAUUGAAAGCUGUAGGCUGGAUACUGUAAAAUACCUACUCGAUAUUGGUGCUAAAUUCCAGCUGGAAAAUAGAAAAGGGCAUAGUGCCAUGGAUGUUGCAAAGGCAUAUGCUGAUUAUAGAGUAAUUGGUCUGAUUAAAGAAAAGCUAGAUAACCUGCCAAAACCAGCAGAUAAUCAAAAACUGAAAGGCAAGCCACCUCUUAAGCAGAAGACUGAACCCCCUGAAAUUAAGAAAGAAGAGGAACAACUUUCAAUUUAUACUGUACCAGCCAUAUCAGAAGGAAAGAAAAUGCAGAAGGAUAAUGUGGUUUAUCUCAAUUCAUUGAUUACCAGUGGUUAUACCAAGAAAGUGGAUACCACAUUUAUUCCACGGAGGAUUUGGAGUCCUGAACCCACUACGGCAGACCUUAUCAAGAAGAGGGAACUACGGCGGGAGAGGUUUAGUCACCAGGUGGACUUCGAAGAUUUUAUGAUGCCUUUUCAGAAGAACAUCACAGAGACUCAAGCUUUGGAAGCUGACUUAAAGACCUAAAUCAUAGCAAUUGCUUCUUGGAAUAAAUGCUUUGAGGCCCAGGGACCAAACUUUGGAGAAAGUGGGUAUGUCCAUGAAAGCCAGAGCAAUCCAUACAUUAAGAAUUUGUUACCAAAUAUUUUUUUUUGCUUUAACAACUAUAAAUAAUUUUGAGCCAUCUAGA